AAUUUACAAUUCCAAAGUGUACUAUUCAUUUUCUGAUUUUUUUUACUGUAUUUUUAUAAAAUGUAAAUACUUAUUAUUUUAAUAUUAUUUGGAUAUUCGGAUUUGUGAAAUCCGACCAUUUAAUUUUAAUGAACCUUCGGAUUUCUUGUGAAAUCCGGGAUAUAAAAUUCCAGCAAAUGAGGAGAACGGCAGUCACGUCUCGCCACCGUCACCUAAUUUCCGACAUAUAAUAUUCCCACUUCAUCUUUGUCUGAAUUAAGCGAAACCUCAUCAAAAGAAGAGAUUAGGUUCUCAAGUCCCUGCUAAACACACCGGGGAAGAUGGAAGUUCUAGUUAAUCCCAUAUUGAUUCCCACGGCAGCUUUUGCUGCAGUUCUGACAGUAUUCAUAGUAAAGACUGCUGCUAAACGAGGAGGAUCAGGGGAGAAGAAGAGGAGGUAUCAACCAGUUGCCGGAACUAUCUUCCACCUGCUCAUCAACUUUAACAGGCUGCACCACUAUUUGACUGAUCAAUCCAGGAAGUACAAAUCCUUUCGGAUCCUGAAUUUCACCCGGAGUGAGGUUUUCACUGCAGACCCUGCAAACGUUGAAUACAUUCUGAAAACCAACUUUCCAAACUAUGGCCGGGGAUCAUACCACCAUAGUAUUCUGGAAGACCUUCUCGGUGAUGGGAUUUUCGCGGUUGAUGGAGAGAAAUGGCGACAUCAGAGAAAAACAUCAAGCUACGAAUUCUCCACGAAAAUCUUGAGGGACUUCAGCAGCGUAGUCUUCAAAACCAAUGCAUCAAAACUUGCUACCGCAGUGUCUGAUGCAGUGAACUCAACUCAGACGAUAGAGAUCCAAGAUUUAUUCAUGAAGUCAGCCCUCGACUCAGUUUUUAAAGUUGUACUUGGAGUGGAACUGGAUAACAUGUGUGGAACUACUGAAGAGGGCACGCGAUUUUCCCGCUGUUUUGAGGAAGCAAGUGCAAUAACCUUCUACCGCUAUGUUGAUGUAUUUUGGCCUUUGAAAAGGCUACUGAACAUUGGAUCAGAAGCAAAAUUGAAGAACAACAUCAAAGUCAUUGAUGAAUUUGUAUACAACAUUAUCAAAAGCAAAACAGAACAAUUACACAAGUCACGAGGGGAUUGGCCUAUGAAGAAAGAAGACCUCUUGUCCAGGUUACUAGAAAAGAAUGAAACAGAUCCCAAGUAUUUGAAAGACAUCAUCCUUAGCUUCAUUAUUGCCGGGAAGGACACAACAGCCAGUACUCUUUCGUGGUUCUUUUAUAUGAUGUGCAAGCAUCCAAGUAUACAAAACAUCAUAGCAGAAGAAGUAGCAAUAGCAACUAAUACCAACGAAAGCUCUUGCAUCGUCGAUAUAGCAAAAAACAUUACAGAAGAAGCUCUAGAAAAAAUGCAGUAUCUUCACGCAGCACUGACUGAGACACUUAGACUCUACCCUGCUGUUCCACUGGAUGGGAAGCUUUGUUUUUCAGAUGAUACACUUCCUGAUGGAUUCUGCAUCCGAAAAGGGGAUACUAUCUCGUAUCAACCCUGGGCUAUGGGGAGGAUGAAGUUUAUAUGGGGUGAUGAUGCAGAAGAAUUCCGACCAGAGAGAUGGCUAGAUGCAAAUGGUGUUUUCCAGCAAGAAAGUCCUUUCAAGUUCCCAGCUUUCCAGGCAGGACCGAGGAUUUGUCUUGGAAAGGAGUUUGCAUACAGGCAGAUGAAAACUUUUUCAGCUGUCUUGUUGGGAAGUUUCAUAUUGGAGUUGAGUGAGGAACAGAAAUCAAUUAAAUACAAAACCAUGCUAACUCUUCACCUUGAUGGAGGCCUUAAUCUGACUGCUUCCAAUAGAUAUAAAGUCAAAUAGAUACGCAAGACUUCAGGUAAGGAGCAUUAUGCAAUUCUUUCACAUGUACCUCGACAGUCCACUUUGUACAAAGAUUGAAGAUCCAUAUGAUUUAUACAACCUUAGGUGUUUGUUCAACUUUACUGUGAAAUCGAAACUUCUUGUAUGGAUCACUAAGAAUUCUACUCAAAAGUCCUAACGUGCGAGUUGUGUAUGUAUAUAUUUAGCAACAUUUAGCGCAAUGGAAGUGCAUAUAUAUAGUUAAAGUUAAUUGAUUGAUGCUGUUUAGAAGGAGAGGAUAUGCAAAAUGAUGCAAUGCAAACCAUGCAUUUCUUGUAUUGAUUUUUGCUUCUUUAACUGGCUUAAAUCACGAGAAACUGAAACCUCUCUUGUCCAAAGAACAAAUGGAGAGUCAUCAAACGGAAUGUGGGUUCCAAAAGGAAUCCAAAUGCAGGCCCACAGAAGAAAUCAAAGGUGUUGCCCGUGACCCUGUGAUCUUUAUGGUCACCCUAGUAGCCUCCACAACUCCGUUUUCGAGCCUGUGAAGCUUCUUGUGUCCAACUGUAGUUCCAUUUGCGAUAAUCUUCCCGUCCGCGUAGAUUUCGUGACGGUGUAUCCUCUGCCCCAGCCCAAUUGCUUCUUGGAUUCGGACCACAUUGAAUCUCAGCCUUCCACCAUCUGAAGUUGGCCUGAACUCGAUCCAGUGAUGUUGGGUGUUGUCAUCUCGCGGGGCCCAGUAGGUCCACAAAUGGUCACUGUCCACGACGUUUUCUGGGCCAAAACUGCCGCCUUUACCACCUCGUUGGCUGCUGGCUAAAACGGAGCAAUUUUCAGCCAAAUUAGUGGAAAAGAUCCCGUCCAAUGCGGCCCGAAACUCUUUGAGGCGGUGGACGUCAGUUUCGGAGAUUAAGCCGGUGGUGUUGGGAGGGACGUUGAGGAGUAAAACGCAAUUACGGCCGACGGAAUUGUAGUAAAUGUGGAGGAGGUGGGUAAGAUUCUUGGGGGAUUCCGAUUUGUGCCAAAACCAACCUUCUCUAAUUGAGACGUCGCAUUCGGGUGGGAUCCAAUUCGUACCCCUUGGAUCGCCCGUGUUGAGAUAACUGCACCCAUUAUUGAAUCCCACCAUCAUCAAUACAACAAACUCAAAAAAGUGUUUCAAGUACGACAGCAAUAACCAAAAAGGAAAAGGCAUGUUCUGUGAUUGGUAUGUUUAUACUAUGUGCCUUAGUGUUAGGACCAGUGUCCUAAUCUUCUUUUGAUUUUUCGUUUCUUCACUACUACACCACACACUGAAAUCUACAUCUACAUAUAAAUCCUAUUAAAACAAUAGUCCAAGAGAAAAAAAAAAAACGCGGUUCCUAUAAUCUUUAAUUGUGUUAAUUUUUCUUGUUUUUAAUUAUAAUAAUCAAUCAAUUAAUAUUAAUAGAAUAAGACAUUAAUGAUAUAAAUAAAUGAUUCUUUUAUUAUUUCUAAAAUUUAAAUAUACAAGUUGAGUUAAAAUUAAAAAAUAUUUUACCAUUUGUAUAUUUAAUUUUAAAAUAUAUUGUUGUAAAUAGGUCAGGCAAAACGCACAGGCAAGCACCCAAUCUUUAUGUGAUAACACUAGGAACUCAUCAUAUAUUAUUGUUGGCAAUGUUUUCUGGUGGCAAAUUAUUCACCACAUUUCAUCGUUCUGGUUAAAAUUCUUUUUUUUUUCUAUGCAUCGAUCAUCAAGAAUAAUAAAGUCAAAUAUUAUGGGACAUUCAAUGCAUUUUAUACUCCUCAAUUCCCUAACAUCACAUUUACACCAAAGUACUCUUUCUUUCUUUUGGUUCUUUUUACCAAAAAGGUUAAAAAAAAAAAAAAGGAUCCUGAGUAUGAUUUUCUUUUCUUUUUUAAAUUAAAAAAACCACACGAAAGUACACAUGAGGGUGUGAUAUGGAGUAAAUUAAUUAGUAUUUCAUUAUUCACAAUUCCACAUUAGGAAAAAAAUCAGAAGAAUGAUACUACGAAUACUUCACACUAAAAACUUUCUCCAUAAAGGACAAAAGGAAAAAAAAAAAAAUCUUCCUAGGGAAUCUCCAUCGCGUGAUCGGCUAUCCUAUAAUUUAUCGAUCCGAAAACGUCUUUUCCCAAAAAGAAAAAAAAGAAAAGAAAAGAAAAGAAAAGGAUCUUUAUCUCGAGUGGAAGAGUAAAAUGUGGUAAUGAGUGAGAAUCGAUAACGUACUUAACAAUGCUGGCAUUGCCGAUUGAUAAAUCGGUCUGAUUGAUGGUGGACCAGCACGUACUUCCUGCAAAUCCUUGCUCGUUUCCAACCCACCUUACUCCCGGACCGGCGUCGGAGAAUAUGUUAAUGGAGCUCUGUAAUUCCUUCACCAUCGAAAACCAAUCAUCAAAGUAGUAGGUCAUGUUCUUUGCAUUCGCUCCUUUUGCUCCAUCAAACCAUAUCUCCUGUACACUUCCAUAACUACUCUCCACAUAACAAAACAAAUCAAAAACCAAAAAAUACUGUAAAAUUGAGAUUUUUGUAUUCACACUGUCCCAAAAUUAUUGUCUAAAUUAUAUUUUCACAUUUAGUUCAAUCUGUACUAAACUUGAAAAUCCAUUCUGGAUAAUAAUUUGGGGACGGAAGUAGUACUAAACAAAAAAGGAAGAUUAAUUAUCUUACUUUUUGAGUAGUUCUUGUAACUGAGCCAAAUAGUAUUCGUUGUAGAGUUUAUCUGCUCCGUAUCUCGGAUCAUGGCGAUCCCACGGAGAAAGGUACAAUCCCACGUCGACAUUCCGGGAGUUCGCCGCGUCGACGAGCUCUUUAACGACGUCGCCGUGGCCGUUCUUCCAAGGGCUUCCGACGACGGAAUGAUCGGUGUAUUUGGAAGGCCAUAAGCAGAAGCCAUCGUGGUGUUUAACCGUGAGUAUGACCAGCGAAACACCGGCCUGGAUUGCGGUGUCGACCCACUGGGCCGCGUUUAAGCCCGUCGGGUUGAAUAUGGCAGGGUUUUCCUGGCCCGUCCCCCAUUCUGAGUCGGUGAAAGUGUUGACGCCGAAGUGGAAAAACAUGAUGAUUUCCCUCUGUUGCCAUUUGAGUUGGGAAUAUGAAGGUAGCGGAAGAAUCGGAAGGGGUGGCAGCGUUGGUGUUACCAAACUUGAACCGAAUAUUAUUGUUUGUAGGCCGGAAAGAAAUAGAGCAAUUAUUGAGAAGAAAAAUGUGUGUUUAGGGGCCAUUGAUGUGUUACUUGUUCUCAUGGCCUUAGUUGACACUCCCUAUCUUUUGUGUGCGUACGUUAGGCCUCUCGAAGUGGAGUGUUAAAAACGUGAGAUCCAACUCAUCUUCUCAGCACAAAAACAGCCAGUUUCUUAGCUUAGUAUGCAUAUAAAGUAGUGAAAUGUGGUGGAUUUAUCGAUGCAGAAUGGGAUGAAAAAUGUGAAUGAAUCGUAAUUUUUUGGGUAUGGACUAUGGAGUGAUU